CGAUUACAUGAAUGCUUGUAUAUGGAGGUGAGUGUCAGCGACGGGGAGGAUCGGCCAGCAGCAGAGUGGAAGUGAAGAAACGAAGAUUGGGCGCUGUGCGGCACGGAUGAUUUGCAUAUGUCCAGGUGAGCGGCAAGCACUCUUUUGUCCUUUUUCUUCCCCUCCAAUGUCAUCCUAAUAUCUUGUAUUCAACUCGUCUCAGCUCCUGCCGGCCCUUGUCUAGUGCUUGCUUGAAACGUGACUGUUGCAGUUAGUUCCUUCCUUCCUUCUUUCCGCACAUCCGCACAUCCGCACACCCACAAGUAUACCUAUUCCCAUCACCGAGAUGGACCCUUCGGUGAGUAGUUUGUUUUGCAUUCAUGUAUGUCUGUUCAAUUGUCGUAUAUAUCUCCAUUUCACCGCUUUGUGGUGUCCGCCCUUUUCUCACUGAGGGUCGCUGGUCUGCAGACUUGCGGACAUCAGAAUAAUACACUGCUGGAUAUGAGCGACACCAGCCCCCGGGUCUUAUGCCAGAUAAAAUCCGCCACUACUCAAGAAACUUGUAGCGGCAUGGCAAAAAUGCUAGUCAGUCAAAGUCACGCUCUUCAUCACUCGUUUUAUCGUCCACUGCAUCCGGAUGUCUCAUCUUGUAUCUGAAUCCGACCUGUCAUGGUCUCGCGCACUGGUACUGGGUUCUUCACGAUACUCUAGCUCUCUACCAUCCUUCCCUGUAUAGGGUCAGCUCAAUUGGACUCGUAUAGAAUGGCCCGGCUCUUCUGUGCGCGUCUUUAUAUUGUUUGCACAAUGAAACGCGCUGGAUUCUACAUUUUCUUGGUGUGCU